AUGCAUUACAUGAAGAGACCCCGCGAAUCGGAGGAGCCAAAGCUCCUGCCUUUGGAUUUCUUGGUUGGACCCAACAUGGUGAUGAUUGGCCGUGGACGUCGUUGCCUCCAAAACGAGGGCAACCGCAAGUUUCGGGCCAUGGUCAAGGCGGAGCUUCAGGCCUACUCGGUGGGCCGCAAAGCGAAAAAGUCCUCGAUCAUCAAGCGGAUCUUGCGAGAGAUACGAAACAAUUGUGCCGACGGCAUCGGGUUCAUCAAGCAGGACGCGAUGACGGGGCGAUACUACACUGCUACGACGACCGCCGCCAAGGUGACCAUUGCCCAAGCCUUUCGCGAUGCCUUGAACGACACGAUUGGCUACAAAUCUAGCAAACAGCACAAACAAUUCAAGCGAGACGUUGCGAGGGGUAAGAUUGAUCCCGAUUGCAUUGUUACGAAAGCUGAUGAAAUCGGUGUGUGCUCGUCUUGCAAGGAAGAGCUCCAGCCGGGCACGGGAGGGGUGCUUGGCAGUCCCACUCACGAUGCAUCACCCAAGCCUGUCAGUGCCGAGCCAUCACUUCAUUUCUGGAAGGAUGACAUGGGUCCAAUUGUGGAAGCGUGCGAAGGUGACUUUCCAGUCUGGCCAGCCGAGUCGGAGGAUCUCAGUGAGGCCAUUCCCUUGAUCCAUGACAAGGGCGUUACUCUGAACGAGACGCUUGAGCCAGAGCUCGAGCCAAUGCCACCCCUGAAGAAGAAGGACGUCGAUCCUUUCGAGCCUCUUCCCUUGGACGAAGCUUUGACGGCCCUCUCUGGUGCUCUCCGGGGAACGAGGCACCAGUUUGAGUGCGACCAUUGGGAGCAUUCCUACAACCCACCCAGAGUGGCGUUAGUCACGGAUGACGACGACGAAGACGACCAUGAGAUGGUGGCUUGGGCAUCUGAGUUUGUCUCCUGCCCUCUCUGUUCUUUGGUUCAGGGACGUGGAGACUUCGAAGAGCUCCCCAUCGCCGACAUUCGCAAGGAACUUGUAGGAUAG